GACGGACAGACAAACAGUCAGACAGUCAGGCAAACUCAAUGAAAAGUGUAAGAUCAAAAAACCCAAAAAGAAUGAAAAACGAGAAAAAACGUUYGCAUAUGAAUUUUUCACUAGUUUUUUGGGAUUCCUGUGGUUUUAAGGUGCGCAAUGCAUUAUCACCUGGUCAGCGGUAAUMAUGAACUCGUAACCAAGCUGGACUCCCUAACAACCAAACAAAAACCUCGUCAAAAGCUCAUGCAGAUGGAAAUCUUUCUCUUCAUAUUUCGCUUGCUUUCGACUAAAAAAUUAUCCUAAAAAGCAAAAAGCUUGUUAAGAUACCUUCUUAAGCKCCUAUUUUAAGUGCAGGAGAAGAAAAAUCCGUUUUUGGAGGAUUUUUUAGUAUUUUUUUUGACGUUGAAUUUUUGCUAACCAAACGACAAGAUGUCUAUCGCUGUUGCAACUCCUCGACACUGUUUCGGCCUCAAAGCCGAUGUAGCUAACAAUAUCUGCUAUUUGGACGAACAAACUAUUAUAUAUCCAUCAGGGUCUAACUGUGUGCUGUUUAAUAUUGACCAAAAAACUCAAAGAUUUAUUCCUGGUACGGACAAGAGCGCUGGUAUGACWGCAAUGGCAGUCAGUCCUAACAGAAGAUACGUGGCCAUUGCAGAAAGAGGAGGAGAAAAAGCCACGAUUACUAUUUACGAUCUUCAUACAUUGAGGAAAAAGAAAGUGUUGAGUUUUGCUGAGUUGCAGUCGAUAGARUUUGUGAGCUUGGCUUUCUCUCCUGAUUCAAAAUACUUGGUUUGUCAGGGUGGAAGGCCUGACUGGACUUUACUUUACUGGACGUGGGAAAAGGCGAAGGUUAUGGCUUAUACCAAGUCUACCAACCAAAUGAAUUCGCCAGUCUAUCAGGUCAGUUUCAACCCUCAAGACAAUACACAGCUCUGUGUUGUUGGUAAUGGAAUUUUCAAGUUGUUYCGCUACAGCGAGGGCAACCUCAAACAGUUUGCCUUCCAAAAGAUGGAGCCACAGAAUUUUCUCUGUCAUACUUGGCUGUCUGAUGAGAGGAUAAUAGCUGGUACAGAUACUGGUCRACUACUUUUGUUCGAAUCAGGAGAGCUAAAGAAUGAGUUCAGUGUUUUGGGGACCACGUCUAGUACUCCUGGAACUGCAAGGCAACCAAGUGUAGGAGCAGGAGCAACCACCACAGACCAAGCUGACGAACCACCACAAGUCCUUUGUAUUGCAGCAUUCUCCAAAGGAUUCAUCUGUUCUGGUGGGCUAGGUGUAGUACACUUGUUUGAGAAAACAGAGGAGAAAGAUUUCUACAAGAAGAGCAGAGAAAUAAGGAUUCCUACAGAUGCUCAAAGCCCUGACCCACAGAUGACUGAGAAACAAGAAGUAAGAAACCUGACAAUYAGUCCAUCUGAAGAGACACUGGUGUGUUCUACCAAUACAUCACAGCUAUUUAACAUCACACUAUCAUCUGCUGAUCUUGGAAAGGGUGAUAUGGCAACAUUUGAGCUCUUAUCCCAGUCAUUUCAUCAUGGYAGUAUUACUGGUAUGGAUGUAUGUAUCAGAAAACCUCUCAUAGCAACAUGUGGUCUGGAUAGAUCUGUUAGAAUAUGGAACUAUGAAACAUGCUCACUAGAAGCCUAUAAAGAGUUCCAAGAAGAGUGCUACAGUAUUGCUCUUCACCCAUCUGGUCUCUACAUCCUGGUUGGGUUUAGUGACAAACUGCGACUGAUGAACCUAUUGAUAGAUGAUAUCAGGUCCUUUAAAGAGUUUACCAUCAGAGGAUGCCGAGAGUGUUCUUUCAGUAAUGGUGGACAUCUUUUUGCUGCUGUUCAUGGCAAUGUCAUCCAGCUCUACUCUUCAACUACCUUUGAGAAUGUAGGAAACCUCAAAGGUCACAAUGGAAAGGUUCGUCAAGUGAUCUGGAGUCAAGACGACAGUAAGAUAAUCUCUUGUGGUAUGGAUGGUGCUGUAUAUGAGUGGAAUGUCUAUAACUACAAGCGUGAAGGGGAAAGUGUACUCAAGUCCUGUAGUUAUACUAGUGUGUCCGUCUCUGCUGAUGGRCGAACAACAUUUGCCGUUGGCUCUGACAGAACAUUGAAAGAAAUAUGUGAUUCACAGAUUUUGAGAGAGGUGGAAGCAGCAGAUACAGUCCUAACCCAGUGCRUCAUGUCUCGGUCCGGCAGAAUGUUGUUUGCCGGAACCAGUGCUGGUACCUUGAGGGCCAUGAAGUUCCCGUUGACUGUACCAGGGGAGUGGCAAGAACACCARGUGCAUUCUGGGUCCAUAAACAAGAUGCGCAUGUCAUACGACGAUCAGUAUCUGUUCACAGUGAGCGAGGACGCAUCUUUAUUCAUUUUCAAAGCGGUUGACAAAGAAGGGCGUGGACUGAAGAGAGAUAAGGAAGCUGGUUACGCUGAAGAGAUUUUGAUCACCAAGUCUGACUUGGAAGAGAAGAAUUCCAUGAUGGCGGAGCUGAAGACUCGAGUCGAAGAACUCAAGAUGGAAAACGAAUACCAACUGCGACUUAAAGACAUGAACUACAACGAGAAGAUCAAAGAACUGACRGAAAAGUUCAUCCAAGAAAUGGAGUCUCUGAAGACUAAAAACCAGGUGCUCAAAACCGAUAAAGAGAAAGAAGAAGCGAAACACGAAGAAGAKAUCGCAGACCAGAUGGAAAAACACGGCAAGGAACUGCAAGACUUGGAGUCUGCUAACAACCAGAAGUUGAUGUCUGAGUACGAGAAGUAUCAAGAACUACAGGCCAAGAGUCARAAGAUGCAGGAGGAUUAUGAAAGACAACUGACGGAGAUGGAAGAGGCCCGAGAGCAGGUCCUUGAGGAACUCACGGAGUAUUAUGAGAAUAAGCUACAAGGGAAGACUUCUCAGCUGGAACAGUCUCAAGAAGAGGCGAGACAACAGCUGCGUGAAUACGAAGAAACCAAGAAGCAGAUCGAGGAAGACGCAGAUCGCGAGAUCCUUGACAUCAAGAACAAAUACGAGAGACGACUAAGAGAGGAGAAAGAAGCUAAUCUAAGACUGAAGGGCGAGACAGGGAUCAUGAGGAAAAAGUUUACAAGCCUGCAAAAAGAAAUAGAUGACUACAAGGCUGAGAUCCAGAGACAACACAACGAGAAUAACAAACUACAAGGUGUGAUUAAAUCACUGGAGAAAGACAUCUAUGGWCUAAAGAAAGAGAUCCAAGAGAGAGAUGAGACUAUUCAGGAUAAGGAAAAGAGAAUUUACGAUCUGAAGAAGAAGAACCAGGAACUCGAGAAGUUCAAGUUCGUACUGGACUACAAGAUCAAAGAACUKAAAAAACAAAUUGAACCAAGAGAAAAUGAUAUCAAAGCUAUGAAGGAACAGAUUCAAGAGAUGGAAAGCGAGUUGGAACGAUUCCAUAAGCAGAAUACCAGCCUUGAAUUGAAUAUAACAGAACUGAGGCUGAAACUGAAAGCAACGGAUAAAGAAAUGCACCAAGAACGACAAAAGGUACGCGAUGUAGAAGCAGUGGUGAAGAGGUUCAAAACAGACCUUCAUAACUGUGUCGGGUUUAUCCAAGAACCCAAGAAACUCAAAGAAAGUGUCAAGAGUCUUUACACCAAAUACGUACAAGAUGAAACGCCUGAGGCAGCUGGUGUGGAUUCAGACAUCCAACAUGAGUACGCACGACAGCGAGAACAUCUCGAGAGAAGUGUCGCGUCUUUAAGAAAAAAACUGGCUAARGACUCUGAAAUACACAGAGCUGAUAAUGUCCGCAUCAUGCAGGAAAAUGUUACACUCAUCAAAGAAAUCAAUGAUCUUCGCCGCGAACUCAAAAUAGCCAGAACAAUGGUACAUGACCUAGAGACAGCCUUAGGUGUCAUGCGCAAACAGCAACAUCUUGCAAAUGCUGGUGGUGAAGACACAAAUAAUGAGAACAGCAAGAAGACAGAAGAGAUGAACCAACUAGAAAAGAUCAUUGAUAUUCAAAAGGGUGAAAUUCGAAAAUUGAGGGUCCAGAUAAAAGAUCUUGAAUCCUUCUCAGCAAAUAGACCCCCUUCUGGAGGCAAGCUUCCACCCGUCCCAGUUAUCUAAUUCAAAACUAGAAAGUAAUGAGAAUAAUUCUUAAUUCUGUAUAUAGUUUUUUAAAUUCUCAUUCAAAGAUCGAAUCCACAGGCAUAUUUUAUCCAAAUAAUUAUAACUGAACUAAUAAAAUACGAUAUUUUAAGAUUUUAAAACGCAUAAUUGUGCUAAUACUUUUWWAAAUAAAUUAAYUGGUGGCCAAUUUAUUAACAACUCAUAACAGGAAAAUGUUUUUUAAGCAGGGAGUGUAAUAUUGUGUAACUAUAAACGUUCUUG